AUGGCGAGUGUAGCUUCCGUGUCGCUCCUCUCAGAGGCUGAGUUUGGUUGUGAGCAUCUUGCCACACAACUCACACCGGCUGGAACUACUGCAGAUCAGUUUAAAAGCGCCUUCAUCAAGACGCACAAUGCAUUGUCCCCUCGUCCCAAACCAACAGAGCUACCUUCGAAACAAAGUGCUAGUGUUCGUGCUUCGGCUCUUCUAAGACCCAAGUACACCUGCUUAACGUGCGCCGAAAUGUGCACUGAUGUCGGUCGAAAGGCCCAUGCCCAACAGACCGGGCACUCAUUCUAUAUGGAGUCGAGAAAUCGUGCUCUGUUUUGUCAAAGUUGCGAGGAUCUCAUUUACGACCACGGUCUAGAACGGCUGCGAUCGUCAACAUCUGAUAGUGCACUUAAAGUUGCCCAAAAACGUCGGUUCAGCGAGAGCUCGGCCGAUGAGCUUUAUGUUAGAAGCAAUGCUAACAAACGCACUUGUGCAAAACAGGGCGUGAGGGGCUUGUUUAAUCUCGGGCAGACUUGCUACUUGAAUGUCAUUCUUCAAACGCUGCUGCACGACCCGAUCCUGAACACCUAUUUUCUCGGGAAUGGUCAUCAACCCCAUGAUUGCACUGUUUCUGACUGCGUAGGAUGUGCCGUUGCAGAAGCAUUUGCUGAUUUCAACAGCAGCGACAAAGCGGAGGGGUUUGCGGCUCUGAGCCUUCUCAUGGCAUCAUGGCGUGCUAGUUCGAGUUUAGCAGGUUAUCACCAACAAGAUGCACACGAAUAUUACCAAUUUCUUGUCGACAAGCUGCACGCGAGCACCGAUGGGCAUCAGGAAGACCAUGAAAAAGGCUGCUCCUGCUUCUUCCACAAGACGUUCUACGGCAAGCUGCGAAGCAGUGUGACUUGUGAUAAAUGCGGGAAUGUUACGCGAACAGAGGACCCUAUGGUGGACCUGAGUCUGGAUGUCCAAGUGCAGGCAAAGAAGCGGGCUAUGGGCAGAGCUGGACCCUCAUGUCUACCCACGCUAAGUGGAUGCCUAGAGAGCUUCACUUCCCCGGAAAAGCUCAUGGCCGGGGUCUACAAUUGCAGUGGAUGCGGUGACACGCCGCAAAAGGCGACGAAGCAACUGCGAAUAAAAAAACUGCCGGCAAUUCUGUGCAUGCAGUUGAAGCGUUAUGAACAUACGUUUUCGGUCUCCGAGAAGCUAGAAGGCAGGAUAGAUUUCCCACUGUCUAUCAACAUGCUUCCGUACACGACUAACCCGCAACCUCGGGUGGAUAAAUCAAGGUACAUGUACGACCUUUUGUCUGCCGUGGUCCACAAGGGGAAGCUCGAUGCAGGCCACUACCUAGUCUAUUGCCGUCAAGGUGAUCAGUGGAUGUGUUUCAACGAUGACCAAGUCACCCCAGUAAGUGAGGCUGACGUUCUCAAGGCUGACGCUUAUCUUCUAUUUUACAAUAUUCGAUCUCUGGCUGGAGCUCCUCAAUAG